AAAAAGGAAAAGGAAAAAAAAAUCCAAAAAAUAAAAAAAUAAAAAAUAAAAAGAGGAGCGUGAAUUCACGCGUUGACAUUAAUUAAAAUUGAAUUCAAUUGGAUUAUAUCCAGUUGUGGUGGUCGUUGUGGUGGUGGUGGUGAGAAAAUUUGUAGAGAGCAACGCAAUCAACGCGGUGGUUUCUUUUUCUUCUUUGCUGAGACAAACAAAUGGAGUAGCUGAAACUGCAAGUAACACACACAUACACAUCAUACCUUUGCUUCUCUUUCUCUCUUUCUUCCUUCUGAGCUUCUUCAACAAUUUCAACUCCGCAUUCAUUCAUACUCUCUCUCUCUCUCUCUCUCUCUCUCUCUCUCUCUCCCUGUCUCUGUCUCUGUCUCUGUCUCUGUCUCACUCACUCGCUCACUCGCUAUUCCAAGGAGAUCUUUGCUUUUCUUAUUUUCUCUUUCGUCUACCUCUACCGACACUGCCUCAAGAUCUGACUGAAAAUGCCGACUUUUCUGCUGAAAUGUGGAGACUUGAAUUAGCGGACUCAAUUCUAAUAUUCUUUUACUGCUACUGAAUCUGAAAGAUGUUUGCUGCUAUUCAAUUUCCAUUUGUAGUAUUAAAUUGUUAAGAAGUAGCUUUUCUUGUUGAACGAUUUAUUGGUUUUGUGAAAGCUGAGAGAUUAUCUGAAUUCCGAAACGCGGUAUCAUAAGUAGCUUAGGAACUAUGCUAUAUUAAGAAGACUGAGUGAUGCUUUUUGUGUUUUAAUUUUUGCAUCGACACUUAUAUAGUUCUGUGGCACACAGAUAAUAAUUUGAAUUCUGGGUUGUCUCCUCUUUCUAAGUAAUUUUUGAAUCGAGCGUAAACUCAAAUUGGGCUUUUCUUCUCUUUAAGGCAUUAUGUUUUCUUGUCUUCCAUUCAGGCUAUCCUGUUUUGUAAUUGAGCUGAAAAUGGCGGGCAGAAUAGAUGGGGAUACACCUCUAGAUUAUGUUGCAAUUCAAAUUUUUCCAUCGCAAAACAGGUAUGAGGCAACCAUCUGCAGCGGUGGAGAAGUAGAAAAUUUGGCAGCUGGUCUUCUCGAGUUGUUAUUGCCGCAUUUACCCCAAGUAAACGAAUUACACUCUAAAGGGUCCAAUGCUAACUUUAAACUCUUACUGCCAGAGAACCUGAAUGGUGCACCAUGGUUCACAAAAUCAACUUUAAACAGAUUCUUAAAGAUUGUUGGUUCACGGGAUUUAAUAAAUACAGCCAAUGCUAUUGAAGAUGAGAUGUCUCAGUUGGAGGAAGCCAAAAGAUUUCAUCUUUCUUUAUAUGAUCAGGACCAUGGAAAGCCUUCAGGAAAUGGUGAAACAGAUGGCAGUAACUUGGUUGAUGGAGCACCAAUACCUAAAUCUGAAGUAGAGAUUGCGUCAUCAGAUACUUCAAAGAAUGAACUGUUGCGAGCUAUGGAUUUGAGGCUCACAGCAUUGAGACAGGAAUUAGCUUUGGCUUUCAACAAGGCUGCUGAUGCCACCUGCACCUCUAGAGAGAUAACUUAUUUAGCAAAAUUUUCUGAACAUUUUGGAGCAACAGUUCUAAGGAAUUUGUGCAAGACUUUGGAGCAAAAUGAGAAGUGCAUUACUGAAGAUACCCAAAAUGAUGAAAAGACCUCAGUUAAAUGCUGUGCUAGGAAUGAUAAUGCUAAUGAGAGAGAUGGGGAUUCUCGGAUAUCAAAACCAAUACAUUCGAUGACAGCCGUAAAAUACGGUGUUUCCCCUGCAAAAGCUGCUCAGGUUGAGCGCCAGAGUUCAACAGAAAGUGAGAAUUCUUCCGAGUCAAGUGAUGAGGAGAAAACAUGCGCCGACCGAAGUCGAAGUCUUAUACGAUCUGCAUCACCCAGAAGGUCAGCGUCCCCAAUGCGGAGGGUACAAAUCGGAAGAACUGGAUCACGGAGGGCAGCUGCAAUAACCAUUAAGAGCCUGAACUAUUUUCCAGCUAGGGAAAAGAAUUUUCCUUAUAGAGAAGUUACUGCAGAUGGUAGUGAAGAGGAAGGAUCUGAACAGUCAAAUAAGAAACCCGAGAGUAAUGUACGACGGAUGAGUGUUCAAGAUGCAAUCAAUCUUUUCGAAAGCAAACAAAGGGAUCAAACUGAAGAUCCACAAAAAAGGACAUCAUUGACAAAUACAUCAGUAUCUGCAAAUAAAUCUGUAUUGAGAAGAUGGAGUUCGGGUAUGGGAGAAAGUUCCAUCCAAUGUGAACCAGAAUCUGAAGACUCUGUUUCUAUUACUCCAAAUGAUGUAGAGAAUGGUGAGAUUCCAAAUUUUUCAGCAGAACUGAAACCAGGGUCAGAUUCUAUUCCUGAAGAUCAGAAUACUGUUGAAACCUCUGAAGUUGAUGUGAAAUUUGAAAAAAUGGAGAAAGUUUCUUCUGACCCAAUAGAUGUCCAAUCAGAUUCUAAUGUGCCUCAGGAAGAGAAAAAUAAUAGAAAAUCAGAUGCAAUGACUGAAUGGAAUAGAAUAAAGGAAGCAGAGUUGAACCAGAUGCUGACGAAAAUGAUGGAAUGUAAACCUGGCAUAUAUAUGAAACCUCAAACUAGCAGAAACCAACAACGUCCUUCUGAACAGAGAGGUGGCUUUUAUGACCACUACAAGGAAAAGAGGGAUCAAAAACUGAGGGUAGAGAAUUCUAGGAAGAAAGCAGAAAAGGACGCACAGUUUAAAGCAAUGCAGCAGAUUCUUGAUGAGAGGAAAGCUGAAAUGGCCUCCACUAAUGUGAAUGAGGUUGAUAAAAAACGUGCUCUACGCAAUCCCCAAAGAACAAUUAAAAAGUCACCUCAACCUGCAAAUUCUAAAAAGGAAGACUCUAAAGCUUCUGUUACAAAGAAGAUUUCAUCUAAAGCGUCAUCCUUGCCUCCUACACGUAAGUCAUGGCCAUCAACACCAUCACCUAGAACCGUGGGUACAUCACCAGCUAAAACUCCUGUUUUGACUUCUUCUGGCACUACAACACGCAGGAAACCCCAGCAAACACCAUCAGUUUCUCGACCAAGCCCUAAAGUUGAAAGAUCACAGCAGCCACAGAGAAAUGUGAAGGAAUCCCGCAUUGAUAAUGGUAGGGGCUCAAAGGGUGUGAAUGAGAAGAAGCAGCCAGCACCGAGUAAGAACAGUAAAACAACAAAAGCAAAAGUUGCAACAGCUUCUGGAGAUGGUUCUGGCAUAAUUCCAGCCAAGCCUGGUAAGAUGACGAAGAAAAGCAGUGUAGUACCAGUGGAAUCAAAACCUUUUCUACGCAAGGGUUCUAGGACUAGCCCUGGUGUUGGUCCCAUUGUUAACAAGACAAAAAAUUCCUCUCAAUCUGAGGAAUGUGUGAGAAACAGCAGAAAUCUCAUUGAGACUCGAGAAAGUGAGGUGGUUGCUAGUGUGUCUGAUGUGGUGGGUCAGCAACAAGAGGAGAAUAUUAUGUCAGUUGGCCUUUCUGAUGCUGUUAUAGAAUCAGACACUCCAGUAGAUACUCAUCAGACUUGUGGUGAGGCAGAGACCUUUGACUCUGUUGCUGCUGAUGGGGACAAUGACUUAAAAGUUGCUGCAGAGUCAUCAAUAGAAAUUCAAGCUGAAGAAGAAUCAGUUAUCUCCCCAUCAGCCUGGGUGGAAAUAGAGGAGCAUCAGGUCAUGCCCCCAUGUGAUGACAGCACAUGUCAACUUACCUCUUCAGCCAAUAUUGCACCUGUUGGAUUGUCAAGUUCGCGUGUCCGUCAUUCCUUAUCCCAGAUGUUACAAGAAGAGAGCAAUGAAACUGACAGCGAGUGGGGAAAUGCUGAAAAUCCUCCUGCCAUAGUCUACCAAAAGGAUGCACCCAAAGGAUUGAAGAGGCUCUUAAAGUUUGCUCGGAAGAGCAAGGUAGACGGAAAUACAAGUGGUUGGUCUAGCCCAUCUGUCUUUUCUGAAGGAGAGGACGACUCUGACAAUGUACUGAGAAAGGCUACUCUUAAUGUAAAGAGCUAUGGAAAGCAGAAAACUUCAAUGUCCAAAGAUCACGAAAGGAAUUUGGAUGCUCAUGAAGUCUACUCUACUCAAUCAAGUAUUGGCAAAUUCGAUGCUCGGAGUUCUUUACACAAGAUGCAAGAGAGCCGUGACCCAGCUGCACUACCCUCUGCGAAAGGGACAAGGUCGUUCUUCUCUCUUUCAGCGUUUAGGGGCAGCACAAAAUGAGGUAAAGCUUCUUUACUGCAAGGGAUAAUUGUAAAGUUCAAAUCAAGGUAGGCAUUACCAUUGUGUAUCAGACCACACAUAAUUCUGGUCUUGGCACAAGGUCAAAACUUUGUACUUCUCCCAUGUUGGUAUAGAUUGCGUUGUUAUUCAACAUGCAGGGAAAAGGAGGUCAUGCCAAUACUUUGCAGCUUUUCUUCAUUUUUUUGUUUGUUGUUUUUGGUUUUGGGGGAUGGGGAUGUGGGGUUUGUACAUUCAAUUUUCCCUUAUUUUAGUUAUUAUUAUGCUCAGCUCCCUUUCAACCUCUAUAAUUAGGAUAUUUAAAAAUGAAUUGUUUGUAUUUUUGUGUAAUCAAUUAACAAUUGUUUAUUAUGGGUCCUGAAGUCCCUUUGGGGCCUAGAACCUUGAAGUUGUGAAUUUGGGUUACCUUGUGGUUUA